GGCGGUCGACGGCGAGGAAGUUUGUCCUACCUGUGCUUCCGUUCCCACCCUCUGCUUUGCGCGCGCGCGCGCGUUCUCUUCCCCACUGCGGGCGGGGAGGGGGGGGAGCUGAGGAGGCCUCGCGCGCUCUCGUGACAGGCCGAGGGAGACGCCGCCGCCAGGACGAUGCUGCAGCCCCGACGCCGCUCACGCUGAGCCCACCGUUGGUGGGCCUGAUCAGAAUAAUGUUCAACAUCCAUCCUCUGGAGAACCUCAAGGUUUACAUCAGCAGUCGACCUCCGCUCGUGGUGUUUAUGAUCAGUGUCAGUGCAAUGGCAAUUGCCUUUCUCACCCUGGGCUAUUUCUUUAAGAUCAAGGAGAUCAAGUCACCUGAAAUGGCAGAGGACUGGAAUACUUUCCUUCUGCGGUUUAACGACUUGGACUUCUGUAUUUCGGAGAACGAAACGUUGAAGCAUCUAAUCAAUGACACUACGACUCCGGAAAGUGCCAUGACCAGUAGCCAAGCCAGGCCUUCCACGCCAUCGCCACAGACUCUUGAGGAUUCUGGUCCAGUCAACAUCUCAGUUGUCAUUACUCUGACUCUGGACCCCCUCAAACCCUUUGGUGGCUUUUCCCGAAAUGUCACACACUUGAGUUCCACCAUUUUUGGACACCAAAUUGGACUCUCAGGCAGAGAAGCUCACGAGGAAAUCAACAUCACGUUUACCCUGCCCGCUGCCUGGAACUCAGACGACUGUAUUCUCCACGCUCACUGCGAACAAGUCAGCUUCACAACCUGUAUGACAGUUACAGCAGCCAGCACUGUCUUUCCUGUCACAGUUCAGCCACCACACUGCAUUCCGGAAACGUACAUUAAUGCCACAUUCUGGUACAAGAUCUUUACCACCGCCCGGGACUCCAACACAAAAUAUGCCCAAGAUUACAAUCCUUUCUGGUGUUACAAAGGAGCUGUUGGAAAAGUCUAUCAUGCAUUAAAUCCUAAACUGACUGUUAUUGUUCCAGACGAUGACCGCUCUCUAAUUAACCUGCAUUUAAUGCACACCAGUUACUUCCUCUUCGUGAUGGUCAUCACCAUGUUCUGCUAUGCUGUCAUCAAAGGCAGACCAAGCAAACUGCGGCAAAGCAAUUCAGAGUUCUGCCCUGAAAAGGUUGCUUUUACAGAAGCGUGAUCCAUCAGUACCUUCCUCCCAAAAGUGACUGAGUCUGCAAUCGUUGCCUGCUGAACCCAGAACUGGGCCCUCAUUCUUUACGGUUUCAGUAUCUUGUGACGUUGGGUUAUUCCAACCAAAGACAUUUUUAAGUGCCUGUAAUGGAUAUUUAUAUAAAGUGUACUUGGAACCGGUUAAAGCCAGGGCACUCAAUCACAAUUUGUAGUGCAGCUGGUACUGUUUGGACCCAUUUUCCCUGUUCCAUGUUGGACUGUUUUGUGACGGUGAGGUUCUGUGUCAGUCAGAGCCAGAGAGGGUGUCUUUUUAAUUAUUAUUAUUUGCUGCAUUGGGACAAUUAAGAUGCCUUUUGCAAGAGUCUCGAAAGGAAAAAAAAGCACCUUAUUUUCCCAGUGAUAUGUACAGCGUGUUGGAGGCGGUCUGCAUCUCUGCUACAGUACUGCAACUCUACAUGGAUUCAGUGUGUGAGAGAGAUUUUUUUUUUCCUCUUUCCAAUUCAUACCUUGCUUGCAAAAAGAUACCAACAUCCCUAAACCUAUAGGGGCAAAAAACCCACCACCACCUUCUUCUAAUACUAGCUGUGGCUAGGAGGGACAAUGUGCUUGUAAUUUUAGAUUAAGAACAACCAAACUGCUGUUGAAAGUGCUAAAAUAUUAAAGUUGGCCCAGGCUGCCUCUCUGUUGCUUUUGUCCUGGACCUUGAAUUGGGGGUGUUCUCGCAGUGCAGCUUUUAAUGCUGAUCUGUGCAUGCAAGCAAAUGAUAGAAUGACAGAGUUCCUGGAACUGACCUGUUUCAGACAGCAGGCCGGGAGGACAGCUUUGGAUGCUUCUCUUCAAGACGAGGAGGGGGAAAGUAUUUUUUUUAGUAGGACAGGCUCUUGCAUUUCAAGGAGGCAGAUUAGCCUUGUUCCUGACAUGCUAUUUUUCAAUAUGCAGGUAUUUUUUUGUUUGUUCGAGUGUAUUGUUGGGAGGGGUGAGUCGUUCAGACAUGCAGUGCCUCUCCUGUUACCUGAAGUAGCAUUGUCUUGGGCCUUCUGUGCCCUAUGGUUGAUCUGCAUGUGUUUGGUCACUGUGUGAAAACUGAAAUUCCAUUGGGAUGUGGGGAUCUUUUACAAAAGGAGAAGGAAGCCAGGCUCAUGCAGUCAGAGCAAGUAGUCCUGUUGGCCUUUUUCUGACUUUUUCACUGUCUGCAAAAAAGAGAAUAGCAGCAAAUUUGCGCUGUGGAGGAAUCAGUCUGGACAGACUUCUAUGUGUCUCUUUGUUCAGAUCUGGUCUCUCUUCAGCCAUUUGCUUGUUGGAGUUGUGUUGAUUAUAUGCAACUUUCCUUUCUGUGCUCUUCCUACCACCUUCUAGUUUGCACAAUAUUUUUUAUUCCAUUCUUCAGUGUCAUGUAAACAUAACAUAGGGAACUCAUGGGCACACUUGUUGGCACUGUGUUGAAGACAUUGCUGGUUGCCUUAAUGACUCUCCUGUUCUGCUUUCCCUGUCUGAUAGCAUCAUCAUCUCCCUUCUUUUUCCUCCUUGAGUAGUUUGCAAAUGGCUUCUUUUAGUGUUUGCACAGAAUAACAAAGCUUGUAGAUGGCUUUCAUAUCAGAGUUCCUUUAUUCAUUCACUGGCUUAUUUUGUUAUAUUGCAAUGUCUCCCAGAUAGGAUUAUAUCCAGGGACCUUCAGGUUUUAAUAUUGAGUAAAAGUCUGGGAAUGAGAUUUUAAAAAUAAAAUUAAAAGCAUCCUCUUUGAAGAAAAAUGUUAACAAAGUGAAGUUUUACUUCUCCUGGAAUUAUGGGCUUUGAAAAAAUAAUCUUGUAUUCUUACCUUUUGCUUUUAUGGUCCGCUCCAGGCAUUAACUAGUGAUGGUUCAGAAAUGAUUACAGGGAGGGGGGAAUUGGGGGACAGUAGGAGAGAGAGGUGUGGGUGUAAAGUAUAUUGUGCAGAAGUGAAAAAAGUAUCUAAGCAGUGGUUCAAAUGGAAUAUCACAGUGGCUGUUCGGAUCAUAUUGAUCUUAACUUUUUUUCUUUUUCAUUUUUCACUGUUACUUGAAUCAGUUUUGAUUCUGUUUGUGUUUUCUUGUUAGAAAUCUGCCAUUCCUGUUGAGUUGUUCUUUGGCAUUAUAUGAAGAUUCACAAACUUUAUUUCUCCUUCGCCUCCUCCCCCAAAAAACAACUCCUGUGCAGGAGCUGUGUGGUUAAGAUGGCAUUCCACUUGCCUCUGGGCCUGAUGGUCAGUAACUGACUUUGGUAAUGACAUUUCUCUCCUCUUUUAAUUUUGUUUGUGUGUUUGUGAGAUGUGGAUAUUGCUUUGCAAAUAAAGUUUAUUAUUAUCAGUCCCCUUGAGAA